AUGAGCGGGCGAAAACUCAACCCCGAAGAGCAAAAGCUCCACCAAGCCGCGCUUUCCAGCACAGACAAGGCGAGCUCAAUUCUCCCGAUCACCCAUAAAUACCACACUGAAGCUGAAAAAAUUGUCCCAGAUGUGUCCGCACGCACUGCAGCAGUCAAUUUCCUUCUGGGAGCUGGCAUGCUCAAAGUCCUGUCGAACGCAGCAGGCGUCAUCUCCUUCCGAGCUGUAAUGAAAAAGGAGAUAGAAGUGAAAAAAGAUAUGAGCGGUGAAGAGGCCAUGGUGCUCGGUCAUAUCCAAGCUUCAGCCAAUGAAGGCAUCUGGACGAAACACCUCAAAGCCAAAACGGAAUUGCACCAAACAGUUAUUGAUAGAUGCCUCAAAUCGCUCGUUCAGAAGCAGCUCGUGAAGGCUAUCAAAGCUGUCAGGCACCCAACCCGCAAGAUCUACAUGCUCGCUCACCUAGAACCGUCAGUCGAGCUUACGGGUGGGCCAUGGUACACUGACAACGAACUCGACACGGAAUUCAUCAAGCUCCUUUCAACCGCAUGUCUGCACUACAUCCGUGACCGUUCCUUCCCCAAACAAAGCUCCAAAGCCCAAAACGAAUACAGACUCUACUCUAUAAGCGCUGCGCCUUCUUACCCAUCUGCCCAGCACAUUCAACAUUUUUUAAGUAAGAGCAAGAUCACAGAGACCCAAUUGGGCGUUGAGCAUGUUGAGAUGCUUUUAAGAGUGUUGGAGUUGGAUGGGGAGAUUGAGAAGGCUAGUUUUUUGCUUCACUUCAUUGCCCUCUUACCUGCGUUCACAGCAUCUGCUUGGGACGCUACAGUCGACUCUGACGAUUCAGUUCCUGGAUCUAGCUCGGACUCGGACUCAGACACAGCCACUCGCAAAAAGCGUAAACGCAGCUCAUCAAAAAAGAAGAAAGAACGUAAAACUAAAACGCGAAAACGGCGGCGUACGGAGGAAUCGGGCAGUUCCAGUGAGAGCGACGAUGAUGACGAGUCUGAAGAAGAGGAACGGCAGAAACGGAAGAGGAAACGAAGUAAGAAAGAAGAGAGCGAUGAGGAGGAGGAUCACAAAAGUAAGAAGAAUAAGAAACGGAAGAGCCGGGAAAAAGAGGAUGAGAGCGAGAGCGAAGACAGCGAUGAUGAUGAUCGUACGUCCUCGACAUCUAAACGCAAGCGCAAAGGGAAGAAGCUUGAUGAUUCCUCUGACGAUGACUCUGAAUCCGAAUCCGACUCUGACCAUCGUCGUUCGAAAUCGAAAUCGAGCUCAAAAUUAAAUUCAAAACGCGUUAAAUUCGAGUCCCCGGAGGCGGAUGACAAUAUCAACGUCGGAGGAGCCUUUGUUUACCGAGCAAUCCGCCAAGAGCGAGUAGCGCUGGGAUGGUCCCAAGCACCAUGCGGUAGAUGUCCAGUAUUCGACUUCUGUCGCGACAAGGGGCCUACGAACCCACAAGAGUGCGUGUAUUACGAGGAGUGGUUGAAUUUUAAGGGACCAGGGGUCGUGAAGGUGGAUGUGUGA